AUGCAGCGCAGGGAGUAUAACUCGUAUGCUGCGCGCCUCCUGCAGAUCGGAGCCUGUGGCAACUGCAACUGUAUCUCCCAGCGAGUGCCCGAUUCCAUCCCAAUUUUUUUGGUUUGCCUUCGGUCGUGCUCUAUCGAGUUGCCUCGCUGGGGAGGGCUGUCCUACCUGACCCGUCUGGGAUGGGGACCAGACCAUGUCGAGCCUCGUCGAACGCCCGGCGAGAGCGCACAGGAGACCGGCGGACGGGGGCUCGGGCUCCUCGACGAUAUCGCAGGCGAAAUGGGGUAA